GAUGCGCCGAGGACAGCUCUGGGGGCCCUCUCCGGUGGUGCGGGCCUACUCCAUCGAUGCCGCCCCCUUCGCUGGAGGGACACUGAAGCCACAGGCUCAGCCACAGCCCGAGAAACCCUCCCACUGCCACAGCCUGACGCAGAGAAACCUGUCGGCCGUGGCCCUCUCCUCGAAGGGCCAGUGCAGGCCGCUGUCGAGAUACGACUUCCUGGACGUGGGCGAGGUGGAGGAGCACACGAAGAAAGCGCUGGCUUGCCGCACGCUCCGCCGGUUCAUCGUGGACCCUGCGCUGGCCCAGCUGGUGGCCGACAAGCUGGAGGGUGACCUGGCCGAUAGCAGAGCUGUCCUCUUUGAAUGCAACCCUGGCCCUGGAGUCCUAACCCGAACGUUGCUCAACUCUGGAGCACAGAGAGUGAUCGCUCUUGAAAGUGAUAAGCAAUUUCUUCCAGACCUGCAGGCCCUGGAGAACAGUUUGGAUGGGCAGCUGGAGGUGGUGCACUGUGACUUCUUCAAGCUUGAUCCUAUUGGCCAGGGCUCCAUGAAGCCACCAGCUAUGUAUUCGGAGAAACUCUUCAAUGACCUAGGCAUCUCCCAGGUUCCUUGGACUGCAGAUGUGCCCGUCAAAGUGGUUGGGAUUUUCGCCCAGAAGAAUGAGAGGAGCAUGCUGUGGAAGCUCAUCUACGCCCUGUACGAGCGCCUCUCCGUGUUCCGCUUCGGCAGGGUGGAGCUGAUCAUGUUCAUCAGUGAGAAGGAAUACACGAAAAUGGUUGCCUCUCCUGGAGAAAUGAAGAACUAUCUAGCUUUAGGUUGUCUUUGGCAGAUGGCUUGUGACAUCCAACUUCUGCACAAAGAACCUUGGUCUUCUUUUGUUACCACAUCUAAGCAUGGUGGACUUGCGAUACCAAAAAGCUCUCUGACAAAUGAUCACUUGUGCCUGGUGAGGAUGACCCCGCGCAGAGACCUGUUCACGGAUACCCUGACCACCUCCACCGGGGCCACUCUCGUGAUGAUGAUCAAGCAGUGUCUGGCCAAACGCAAAGCAAAGCUGGUUGACAGGCUGAACUCCUGGAGCCCUGGGACUGGACAGAAGUUGCUAUUGCAGAUGGAAUUGCCAGAGGACAUUUUCACAGGCCAUUUGUAUCCAGAGGAAUAUAAGAAACUCUUUGAAGCUAUGGAGCAUUCAGAGGAGUUUGCACAGAGCUGGUUAUAUGAGGAAAUCCUGGAAAAUACCCAGAACACAGGGUUUCAGUAGCUUCAGAAUCCCCCCUGACAAGACCUCCAUGGUGCAGAGUGACAUAAUGUAAACCUUAAUUUAUGCUGUGUUCGUCUCUUUACCACUAUGGCAGAAUGUCCAGAUUGCACUGUGCCGUGAGAGGACGAUGACUUUCAUCUUCAGUGAUCAGGCUGUCCUUAAACUGUGGUACCAGAGUAGGCUUCACUACGAGACCUGCAUACUGCAUGUCUUUUAUUCCUUUUCGAAGAAGAAAGAAAUUAGCAGAGCUGCUGCAAAGGCAAGGUUCACUGCCUUCUUCCAUUUUGUUUUCCAUGGGCAGAACCUGUUGGUGACAGUGCUUUGAAUGAUGUGGGUAACAACCCUGAGGCUUUUCAAAAGAAUAUGGAAUGUUUUACAGUCUAACCACAAAGUGAACAUGUAUACAGCUUUUAGAGCUUGGUGAAACAAAUGCUGAGUGCAUGAUUAUAAUACUUACAAAAACUAAAAAAGUAGUAAAUACCACCCAACAUAAAUUUACUCAUAAUUGUGUACAUGCUGAAAAUGUAAAAGAUCAUGCAACUUUUCAUUUAUUUUUAUUUGGUGUACACCAUAAGACAUGUGAAAUGUAAGUGGAAAUCAUGUUGAAGCCAAGAACUGUAAUGCCAUUUUUAAUGCAGGGCUGAUUUCAGUCACAAAACUGAGAAUUUCUUACUUCAGUUAUAUGGAAUUAUCUGUACAUAUGUAGAAAGCGUAUCUUUUAAUACCUGUUCUAAAGAAAAAAGAAAACUAUUGUGGAAUCAAUUGACCUCCGAUAGAAUGUCCCCAUACUUAGCAACUGUCAGAAUUUAAGACACUUUCUUUUCAAUCAUACAAAAACACAGAAAUGAUUCACCCUUGGUACGAAAUUGUUCAUUUAUGCCGUCCUUAUUCCAGAAACUUUAAGGCCUACAAAAAGACAUUGUAAAAAAUGUGGUAUGUAAUCCUUUAAGUUUCACAAGAACUAUUUGAUUUUCACUGAAACAUGAUAUUCUGUGUACAAACUAAAGAUGAUGUUGUAUUUACUUGUAUAUUUUUCCACAGAAUAAUUUGUACAAUCAGUGUAUUUAAUGAAAGUCCUGAAGUCCUUUUCUAA